AAGGCUACGCGAUUUUGCAACAUCUUGAAAAUCCAUUUUGAAAACUUAUUAGAAUCCUUGCAAAGAGCUAACAAUGUCGCAAGAAUAUCGAAGGCGAAUAUCUUCGCGUAAAAUAAGCGUGCUCAUUAACAAUCGUCGUGGAAGUAACAAACAGAAAAUGCAGGUGCGAACUUAUCAACCCACCUAUCGAUUAAAUUCAAGAAAACGUUUCAAUAUCGAAGACGUUGAGAAAACACUCCAGAAUAUCGUCAAAUCAGAAUUAGAAGAGGUGGAAUACAGUGAUAAAACCGCUGCAGAACUGUGCCUUAGUUUGACAGAAAAUAUUAGGUCAGCUAUAAAAGAAGAAAAUUAUGACAGGUAUAGAAUAAUUGUAGCCGUCAGUAUAGGCCAGCGCAGGCAGCAGAGUGUUCAUGUUUUCCACUCGUUCUUGUGGGACCACGAACGCGACGGCUAUGCGUCGUACAACUUUGAAAAUUGCCACCUUUUUGCUAAUGUCGUUGUGUAUGGAAUCUACUUUGAUUAAAAAGUUUGUUUACAUUUA